AUGGAUGAAACAGUAUUAGCAUAUGAUGCGAAAUAUUUUUUGGCAAUUCAUUUUUUGAAUGGGCAUGGAAUUGAUAAAAAUUUAAAUGAAGCUUAUAAACUUUUUGGAGAACUUAACUUGAUUCAAGAUAUAAAAACUCUAUUUUAG